AUGGGAGCCCCGCGUGUUCCUGGGCGCACGGUGCUCUUCCAGCGGGAGAGGACAGGGCUGACCUACCGCGUGCCGGCGUUGCUCCCUGUGCCCCCUGGGCCCACCUUGCUGGCCUUUGCGGAGCAGCGGCUCAGCCCCGACGACUCCCACGCCCAUCGCCUGGUGCUGAGGAGGGGCACGCUGGCCGGGGGCUCCCUGCGGUGGGGCGCCCUGCGCGUGCUGGGGACCGCCGCCCUGGAGGAGCACCGGUCCAUGAACCCCUGCCCCGUGCUGGACGCGGGCUCGGGCACCGUCUUCCUCUUCUUCAUCGCCGUGCUGGGUCACACGCCCGAGGCCGUGCAGAUUGCCACCGGCAGGAAUGCGGCUCGGCUCUGCUGCGUGACCAGCCGCGACGCGGGCCUCACCUGGGGCAGCGCCCGCGACCUCACGGAGGAGGCCAUAGGCCCAGCUGUGCAGAACUGGGCCACCUUUGCAGUGGGUCCAGGCCAUGGGGUCCAGCUGCGCUCAGGUCGCCUGUUGGUGCCAGCUUAUACCUACCGUGUGGACCGUCGGGAGUGUUUUGGCAAGAUUUGCUGGACCAGCCCACACUCCUUCACCUUCUACAGUGAUGACCAUGGCCACACCUGGCACUGUGGAGGCCUUGUGCCCAACCUGCGCUCGGGUGAGUGCCAGCUGGCUGCGGUGGAUGGUGGCUUCCUCUACUGCAAUGCCCGGAGCCCCCUGGGCAACCGUGUACAGGCUCUCAGCACCGAUGGGGGCACCUCCUUCUUGCCUGGGGAGCUUGUGCCCUCCCUGGCCGAGACUGCCCGGGGCUGCCAGGGCAGCAUUGUGGGCUUCCCAGCCCCAGUCCCCAGCAGGCCUCAGGAUAAGGGAUGGUCAUUGGGCACCAGGAACACCCCUUGCCCUCCGCUCCUCUGUCCUGGAGUUCAGGAAUUCCCAGGGGAGGGUGUUGGGGGCACUUGCGGGGGUUGGGUGCCUAGAGGGCCCUUCUGCCACCCACAGCCCUGGGGGGAUGGCUCAGAGCAGCCUGGCUGGGAGCCUGGGCUAGGUGAGGACAGGAGAGCCUUGGUCCCAGUGCUCCCCAUGCGCUGUGCCGCCCUACCUCAGAGCUCCACGUGGCUGCUGUAUUCCCACCCAGCGGGGCGCAGAGCUCGGCUAGACAUGGGAAUCUACCUGAGCCGGUCCCCCCUGGACCCGCACAGUUGGACAGAUCCUUGGGUGAUCUAUGAGGGCCCCAGCGGCUAUUCCGACCUGGCGUCCCUUGGGCCUGUGUCCGGGGCAACCCUGGCCUUUGCCUGUCUGUUUGAGAGCGGGGCUAGGGCCGCCUAUGAUGACAUCUCCUUCUGCAUGUUCUCCCUGCGUGAUGUCCUGGAGAACGUGCCCACAGGCUCCGAGCUGCCCAGUCACAGGGACAAGCCCUGGGGGCGCUGCCGGCCCUCCUGA